AUGCUGCGCGGCUGGAGCGGCUGGCUCGGCCUGAGCCGGGCGGAGGAGGAAGAGGAGCCGCCUCCCCUCGAGGGGGAGGGAGAAGCGGCGCCCGAGGCGGGGGAGGCGGCGGCCCUGGCCCAGGAGCAGGUGGAGCUGGAGGUGGAUCCGGACCCGCUUCUCAACCAGGCCAAGGGGCUAGGCAGUUAUCUGUUCAAUUUUGCCACUACUGCCACAAAAAAGAUAUCUGAAUCAGUGGCUGAAACAGCACAAACAAUAAAGAAGUCUGUUGAAGAAGGCAAAAUAGAAACUAUCAUUGAUAAGACAAUUAUAGGAGAUUUUCAGAAGGAGCAAGAAAAAUUUGUUCAACAGCAGCACACCAAAAAAUCAGAGGCAGCUGUGCCUCCUUGGGUAGACAGCAAUGAAGAAGAAACAAUUCAGCAACAAAUACUGGCCUUAUCAGCAGACAGAAGAAACUUUCUGCGUGAUCCACCAGCAGGGGUUCAGUUUAAUUUUGACUUUGAUCAGAUGUAUCCAGUUGCCAUGGUAAUGCUACAGGAAGAUGAGCUUCUAAACCGAAUGAGAUUUGAUCUGGUCCCGAAACAUGUAAAGGAAGAGGUAUUCUGGAGGAAUUACUUCUACCGCGUCUCUCUAAUUAAACAGUCCGCACAACUCACAGCAUUGGCUGCACAACAGCAAGCAGUAAGAAAAGAGAAGGAUGGCAGUGAAGAAGGUAUAGAGCUGACAGAAACUGUGCGACCAAAGACCCCACCUGUGGCAAUUAAGUCUCAGCUAAAACCUCAAGAGGAAGAAGAAGAAAUUUCUACCAGCCCAGGUGUAUCAGAAUUUGUGAGUGAUGCUUUUGAUGCGUGCAGUUUGAAUCGGGAAGAUUUAAGGAAAGAGAUUGAACAACUUGUGCUUGACAAAAAAAAAGAGGACACUCCAACAGUGGAAGAAGAAACUGCAGACUGGGAAAAGGAACUGCAACAGGAGCUGCAAGAGUAUGAAGUGGUUACAGAAUCAGGAAAGAGAGAUGACAACUGGGACAAAGAAAUAGAAGAAAUGCUUCAGGGAGAAAAUUAACCACUUUGCCUAAAUGCUUACUGAAAACUGACAAGAACUUGUUUUUAUACUUGCUUCAGAGACUUUCUUCAGGCACAAAAUUGAUUUUUGUAAAAUAAGGCUCUGGGUGAUAAGUAAUCAGGUGUAAAAACUGUUCUGUGAAAAUGCACUCUCUGCCA